GCCUAUAGGCGGACUACAGACGGCAAGCCAAAGCCUAAAGUGGCUCUGCGGUCGUACAGGCUGACGUCCAAUCGAAAUCGUUCCGCUUACCAUUACUUGUCGUCCAACUGCGCGGGCGGCGGGCGGACCCUCAACGGAAAAGCAGACGGAAACGCCCAGGAUCGGGGAACCGUUGUAGCUACAACACAACCACCAUCAAGAUCAUUUGUUGAGGGAUUUAUUAAUCUACACGGAUUGUAGGACUAGCAACGGUCAACAGCGCUGAAUUCAACGAGCAAAAGCCUAGGUUCCGUCCCGUUGAAUCGAUUGCCUUUCGUAUCGUAUCCGAUCGAACCGCGGGCCGACUGAAGACUCCGAGCCUCAACUCGGACUGCCUAUAGUGUCUCCCGCGCUCCCUGACACUUCCCGCCAUGCCAGCGUGCAUCAAUCUUGUUGCAAGAUAUUCCUCCCCAUGUACGCUCCCGAUUAUACCCGCCGCUACCCACCUACGCUAGCAUCCGUGCUGCUGGACGAGGCAUGGAUUAGGAGUGGAUGGCAUAGUACUAGUGGGAAGUGUAGGAGUAGGCUCGUUGUAGGGCACUCGGGACGAUGAGGAAAGCAUGAUUGAUGAUCGUCGUAUAGGACCGCACGGAUGAAACAGGUUGCAGUGGUUCGUACAGGAUCUUGCUACUGUAGUGAUGGAAAAGAAAUGAGGACCAUUUGGGCGCGAUGCCGCGGCUGGGCAGCUCAACUGGACUUUUGUUCUGUUUUACAGUUUGUUGGGACAGCAGAGACGAACAGAAAGUAUACAAUUAAUUUACUGUACAUACUGUCGGUGCCUGUAGUAGCAAAGACAAGCAAAAGGUCGACAUGUGACAGGCCUUGAAGCACAAGCACCAGUAGCUGAGGUUGGUACCUUGGUAGUAGGAGCAUCUCGUCUUGGUACGGCACACACGGACCCAUGGUGAGGAUGCAACUAACUCUGCUGUUGGUAUAGCGGCUGCCAGCAUGACAGGGAUUGCAGUGCGAUGUGACGGGGCCACGCUGCGUCAGAGGCGGAGAGACGCAGCAUCCGACACAGUCAACAGUUCACUCAGUGCAAUUCCGGACGACGAUUUCGCAGACGCCGUGGGGAGGAUUGGGCUGGUACUAUGGGUCUGGAGUGGACUGGAGACCAAGAUCAAGAUAGACAUAUACCUUGGAUACCUGAGGUAUAUACUGGUGCAGCAUCCUAUCUCAAACACCCGCUUCAUGUUCUCUCUCUUCUCGCCAACAACUGUCAGUGGCACUUCCCCGCAUCUUGCGUUCUCCCCGAUUUGGUGAGAUUCUCGCGGUGCGAUACUGGACUAGGUACGACUACCACUACAGCACAAGCACACACCUCAAUCAAGGCCUCCGAGUCCUUCCAUCUCCUCUUCGUGUCCUCCAAUCCACGGCCAUCCAACUCCGCCCUGCCCAAGGCCUCAAUUGGAGUCAGCCAAUUCGAUCCCAUCUCCAGAACCAGGAUCAGUGCCCUGACCACUCUCCAGGCAGACCCCAGACUCGACCGCUGCCGCAUAACGCUGUCGUCCUCCAACACCACCCACCCUCACCUCCUCUCCAGGUUUGCGGAGAGUCACGGUCUUACGCAGCAGACACAAGACGGUCAUCUUCCGAUCGGCUGAGUGCCUGGUCUUUUGCACUCACCUUGAUUCUUCUCAUCCCCGCCGUCGUCCGCUGGACCCGUGCCAGUGCUUCCUUCCACGUUCCUCAUCGACCGAGUCGGCACCGUGGACCAUUGAGCUGCAGCCACAGCCCUCUGUCUCUCUCGGGUUGAUAAUCAAUCGUUGAAGACCCUAAUCGCAGUCCAGCGUCCAUUCUUAGCAGAGAAACAUCCUUAUCCCCAGCCACGAGUGGCUGGCUGCCUUGACGAGCCUCCUCUGCUGCGUGAUCCUUUACCUGCCUUACCACUCACCGUUCAUCCUUUCGAUCCUGCUGUUCCCUCUCACUUCCGGCGACCAUGUCUGGGAGUACCGCCAACCGUAUCAAGGAAGGCGCCCGUACCGCGGCCACAAGGGUGGAAGAGGCCGCUCAAGAAGCUGUGCAUAACCCAGUCCAGGUCAAGAAUGACUUCCUCCAUCUCCCUGUCACCCGAGCCGCUCUACCCUUCGUCAACGGAGGCCUCGCAGGCAUGUUCGCAACCGCCUGCAUCCAACCCAUAGACAUGGUCAAGGUACGCCUACAGCUUGCAGGAGAAGGCGUCAAGGCAGGGCCCAGACCCACAGCAUUUGGCGUCGCAAGGGACAUCAUCGCGCAGGGCAAGGUGCUCGACUUGUAUACCGGCCUGUCGGCAGGGUUGUUGAGACAAGCUGUAUAUACCACUGCCCGGUUGGGCUUCUUCGACACUUUCCAGACCGCCCUGCAGGCAAGGGCCGAAAAGAAGGGCACAUCCAUCAGUUUCGCGGAGCGUGGCGCCGCAGGCCUGGCCGCGGGCGGCUUGGCUGCCAUGGUGGGAAACCCUGCAGACCUGGCCUUGAUCCGAAUGCAGUCCGAUGGUCUCAAACCGAAGGAGUUGAGGGCCAACUACCGGUCUGUCUUCGACGCCCUCACCCGCAUCGCCAAAACCGAAGGCAUCACGGCUUUGUGGGCAGGGGCUACUCCCACCGUCAUUCGUGCCAUGGCCCUGAACUUUGGCCAACUCACCUUCUUUGCCGAGUCCAAGGCUCAGUUGAAGACUUACGCACCGCAUCUGUCAGAAAGCACCAACCGUUUUGGCGCCUCGGCGAUUGCCGGGUUCUUCGCUUCUUUCUUCAGUUUGCCUUUUGACUUCAUCAAGACUCGGUUGCAGAAGCAGCACAAGGGGCCCGACGGCAAAUAUCCAUACAAUGGAUUCCUCGACUGCGCCAAAAAGGUCAUCCGUGACGAAGGCCCGUUGAGAUUCUACCGCGGCUUCGGUACCUAUUAUGUUAGGAUUGCACCCCAUGCUAUGAUCACGUUGAUCGUGGCCGAUUAUUUGAAGUUGAUCACGUCUUGAUGUUUGGAGUAUGAUCUUAGGAAGCCGAGAAAGAUUGGCCUGUGAACAAAGUCACACUCGUGCGAUCCAGCCCCGUACCUGCUGUGGUCGGAAGUAUCAAGCCAGCAUAGAAUGGCGAGUCAACAGGAUGAGGGCUCUACCUUUGCCAUGAGGACGAAUAUAAGGUGAUUGACCACCAACACAGAUGCACUGAGGUAGGUUCGGCUGGGCCGGGUUGGAUAUUCGCUGCAGGACAACGGGUGGGACGGUCCGGCACACAACUAUACAUAUCUAUACGAAGAGGUGGAAUCUGGUGCCGCCUGAUAUAUAGCCAUACUUUUUUAAAUAAGUAGCAUUUGGAUGGCCAGAGAGUCGUUGACGUAGAAAAAACGAAGAAUCAAAGGGAUGUAGGAAGAAAAAGGCCAGAAAUCGAGCAUUCCAAUGCUUACAACUAUUUCCUCGGAUAAACGAAAGCCGAGCGACAUCGGCGGUUGUAUUACAAUUAGCCCGAAUACUGAAGCACUAUCCGCACUAGCGUCUGCUACCACCGAGUCCACUUUACGCAAGGAAACUGUGCCGAGUCCCUGG